UUUCUCCCUAUCGCCAUUAUUACUGCAUCCUGCAGGUCUCAUGGUCUAGCGGUGGAGCUGACCCCCCGUACCUCCUUUUUAUCUUCGUGCACUGUUCGCACCACACCACCCACUGGGUUCCAUGGGUCUGUCUCCUGAUUCAUUGAAGCGAACCCUCGGCCAUCUCCACAUUCGCCUCUUGUCUCUCUCUCCAUGAGUCUGACAAACCCACCCUCAUCCUCCGGCCCGUUAACUGCUGCUUCGUCCAGGCCCACUGCGGCCACCGUCAGCCAGAGUCUGUCUCUGAAAAAGAACCUGCAGGCCGCUGUUGAUGGUAAUACCAGUUAUUAUUAUCUUAUAUUAUAAUCCUCAUUAUUUUUUUUAUAAUUUGAUACCUUUUCAUUCUCUUUGUUCAACCAAGUUUCUUUUCUUGUUUAGGGUUGCCAUGUCACGAUGUGCCCUGAUUGAGUGAAAGAUAUUCCUGUCUGCAAUCGUAUGAACACCUAUAGUACCACUUCUAUACAACACCUUCCCAAAGAAGGCGAUCAGUUGUCCACCAAGAUCGUCUUUGCAUUUUUCUUUCAUCAUGUUUGGAAGGAACUUCCCGUUUUUCAACUCUAUCGGCGGGUUUUAUCCACGUGAGCACCUAGAUCCAAGGAAGCCGUCUGGAACUGGAUAUACCAGCAAAGUCCGUGUCCGCGACAAAUACCACAUUGUGGGAUUCAUCAGCAGCGGCACUUACGGACGAGUCUACAAAGCCCUUGGCAAAAAUGGACAGAAGGGUGAAUUCGCAAUCAAAAAGUUUAAACCGGAUAAAGAGGGAGAAAUCAUCCAAUACACCGGCCUCUCACAGUCUGCCAUUCGGGAGAUGGCCCUGUGUUCCGAACUGGAUCAUGCCAAUGUCGUACAGCUAGAAGAGAUCAUUCUCGAGGACAAAGCCAUUUUCAUGGUCUUCGAAUAUACUGAACAUGAUCUACUUCAGAUUAUUCAUCAUCAUACGCAACCACACAGGCAUGCUAUCCCGGCCCCAAUGGUCAGGUCGAUUUUGUUUCAACUUCUCAACGGCCUACUCUAUCUCCAUACAAAUUGGGUAUUGCAUCGAGAUCUGAAGCCAGCCAACAUCCUGGUUACGUCAAGUGGCGCCAUUCGUAUUGGAGACUUGGGUCUGGCUCGUCUCUUCUACAAACCCCUCAACUCUCUUUUCUCGGGCGAUAAAGUCGUCGUCACGAUUUGGUACCGUGCCCCGGAACUACUGAUGGGUAGUCGUCACUACACCCCAGCCGUCGAUCUCUGGGCCGUUGGGUGCAUUUUUGCAGAACUCUUAUCCCUCCGCCCCAUUUUCAAAGGCGAGGAAGCCAAGAUGGAUAGUAAAAAAACAGUGCCUUUCCAACGUAACCAGAUGAUGAAAAUUAUCGAAAUCAUGGGUCUCCCCACCAAAGACAUCUGGCCGGGUAUAGUGUCGAUGCCCGAAUAUUCCCAACUCCAAUCACUAGCCAUGUCACGUGCUCCAGGCCAUUUUCCUCGGUCUUCGAACUUGGAAGGCUGGUAUCAAAGUUGUUUGAAAAAUGGCGGUUAUGCCACCUCGUCCGGUGCCGGAACCCCUGGUGCCGACGGAUACGAUCUCUUAUCGAGACUACUCGAGUACGAUCCUACCAAGAGGAUAACUGCGCAGGAGGCACUGGAGCAUCCAUACUUCAAGAACGGCGGCCCUAUCUCCGCUAACUGCUUCGAGGGCUUUGAGGGAAAAUAUCCUCACCGUCGUGUCACUCAGGAUGAUAAUGAUAUCCGGUCUGGCAGCCUACCUGGUACGAAGCGGAGCGGGUUACCGGAUGAUAGUUUAAUGGGUCGCGCCUCAAAACGGCUCAAAGAAUAACCUGAUCCUUGUCGAUACUUUGAGAGCCUAUCUAUACUUUGGAGCGGGAGUACUUGCGGGCUUUUGUAUCUGCAUAUACUUGAUUUGUGGCAUAAUGCAUUGGCGUUGGUUUGGCUUUUCUGCUGAGAUGGCAUGGUAGAUUUAGCAUAUCUACUGUAUAUAAAGGUAAAUAUGGAGCAUUUAGUAAAAUAUUAGCCGUUUAGCGUCAUCUCAA